AUGAGAUACGAUAGCGUCUUACUCGUUGCAUUCGGUGGACCGACACCCGGCUGCUGUCAAAAAUACAAUAGCGAUAUAUGUCCUGGCGAGGCCUACUGUUUCGUUGAAGGGAUUACCGGGGCAGCUGAAUCUCAAAAAGAACGUGUAAAAGACAUCUCGGCUCACUACAUAAAAUUGGGCGGGUUUUCACCAUUCAACGAAUUAACUUUCACACAAGCCGACGCAUUAGAAACCGCACUGCAAGCGCGCAAUCUACUGCUACCUGUUUACGCUGGAUUCAGACAUUGGAAUCCCUAUUUAAAAGAAGUCAUCGCGGAAAUGGCACAAAAAGGACACCGCAAAAUACUCGGCAUUAUCAUGGCACCGCACCAAUCCAAAGUCAGUUGGGAAUGGUACCAACAAACAGUAAAAAAAGGAAUCGACGCAGUCGAUGGUGAGAAACCGACUAUUGAUUAUCUCGACCCGUGGUACACACACGAAGGUUACAUUGGUGCCAUUGCCGAAAUCAUCGAAACCGCAUGUGGCGACAAAUUAGCACGCGCCGAACUUGUUUUCACAGCGCACGCAAUCCCCCAAUCAGCGGCGGAUACUUCACCCUAUACACAACAAUUUGGAAAAACAGGCGAGGCAGUCGCUAAACAAAUUGGAAAAACCCGAUUCGGUUUAGCAUACCAGAGCGAGGUAGAAAACAGCCCUAUUCCAUGGACACAGCCGGACAUCAAUGAUUGGCUUAAAGCCCGAAAGGAUGAAGGUGUUGAUACCGUCGUCGCUUCACCGAUCGGCUUCCUCUGCGACCAUGUUGAAGUGCUCUACGAUUUGGACAUAGAGGCGACAGAAACCGCGGAAGCGUGUGGCAUCGAUUUCAUUCGGGCAGGCACAGUCGGUGACCAUUCCAAAUUCAUCAACAUGUUAGCAGACUUUGUGUAUGAAAAGGUUGCGAAAUGA